UUACCCACAAUCCCCCUCGCGAUCUAAACAUACUGAAUGUUGACGAAGCUGCAGCAAGAACACAGACUGAAAGCAUGAGGUGGAUUUUGAUUUGACCGACCAUAUACAGCUUGGUCGCUGCUGAUUUGGCUAGAUGUAGACUAACGCUAAAUGGUAGCCGAUAAGCCGGAGAAGCAGUUAAUUACAUAUCAAUAUAUAUACUUGUACCCGGCGAAACUGUCCGACUCAAACUGUGAGCACAGAUUCAAAUGGUUUAGCUGGCUAAUAAUACGCUUUACUGUUUAAUGCUGAACACAUACGAUAAACGAUAAGGCUAUGUGAUAGAUUUUGAGCGUCAAGAUACCUAAAUCUAAUUUGCGGCAGAGGAGACAACCUCAAGCUGUGUGGUUACCCAUAGUGAUGGUGACGCUGCCUGAAGUAUUUAGCUGAGAAAACAACAACAUGACUUCCAGGUUGAAGAAAGGCCCGAUAAGUUCAAUCGAUGACAUGCUAGGAGAUCUCCUUGGAGAUGAAGGAUACCAAGCCAGUUCUCGGAGCCCUGGAUCCUCUCUAUCGGCACGCCGGGGGAAAUGGUACUAUUCAUGAUUACUCCCACCUGGCCCUCCUGGCUGCGACUUACUCCCACCUGGCCCUCCUGGCUGCGACACUCCUUAAACAGGACUCUGAUGUGUCUGAAGCUGAUCCAAUGGCCCUGCUGGAGAGUAUGAAGGACAUGGAUGAUAUGGACGCUGACCUGUUCAAACCAAAGAAGAAGCCGAGUUCAGCUCCAGCUCAGAGCUCUGGAGGAGCCCGGGCAGAGCCUGCUAAACCAAACACAACCUCCAGGGGGCCAGAAGAGGCCCUGGGGGUGAAACCUGGUUCUGCUCCAGCAUCGACGGAACGGGGCUCAGCGUCGACGGCACGGGGCUACAAGAAGUUCAGCUUCACUGACUUGGACGACCCCUUGGCUGACCUACUGGACGACCUGCCGCUGGAGUCUCUAGAGGAGCAGAGGGGAACCAGAGGGGCUGCUGGUCCAGAGGGGGCCCUGCUGUCAGCCACCAAUGCCGCCGCCAGGAAGGAGACUGCUCCAGCAAAGCAGCUGUCUAGGAAACGUGAGGAGCUGAUGUUUGAGGAUGACGAGGAUGACUUGAUGUUUGCGCUGGGCUUUGGAGAGAGUCCCAAGCAGAGCCCAAUGAAGAAGGAGGUGAUCCUCAUACCAAGGAAGGAAAGCAGCGAUCCCCAGCAACGUGCACGCACCAGGCUGGACGAAAUCCUUGGGCGAGGUACCUCACCACGCCUGCUGGAGCGCCCCCCUACAGGCGAGAGGAAGGAACAGCAGGACAGGCAGGGGAAGACUCCCAGUUCUAAAGACCCAUUACUGGAGGAGGACUUGAUGUUUGGCUCGUACCAGCCCACCCUGGCCUCCACCCCUGAGGGCCGCCAGUCACGCAGACAGUCUGUCCGAUUCUCCACAGAGGAUGUAAGCGCCUCGUCUCCUGAAAAGAAGUGUAAAACGUCCGCCACUUCCUCCACCUCUCCACCCCUCUCCUACGCCGCUGCAGACUGGCUCGGCCUGAAGGUGGAGGACAGCGCUGGGGGAGGAGAGGAGGACCCUACAUCUGUACCUCCCUCCACUGAGAGGAACACCCUGUCUGCUCCAGCAACUGAGCCAGCAAUAGAGAUGUCAGGACCAUACCCCAUCAUCCCAACCCCCACUGCUACCUCCUCUAAGCCACCCCAAGCUGAGGCCAGUCACAGGAAGGAGGAAGAUGAUUGGCUUGCAGGGGCUUUAAACAAGAAGAAGAUUCAGGUGACACAGCCAAAGGAGCAGAGAAGCUGGCAGGACGACAUGCUGGGUCUAGGAGAGUCCUGCCCCCCUCCUCCUGCCCAGCCUGGCCCCCCUUCUCCCUUGGCCUCCGACAGAGAGCUCCCAUCUAGAUCUGUUCCUCUGCACAGCCAAGACCAGCGUGCACCUGCAGCCCUAACCCAGCAGAAGUUCCAGUUGCUGGGGCUAGGGGGCGCUGUGGAUCUGUCAGGGCUGCAGCAGCAAGCCAAGAAGGAGGAGGAAGAGCAGGAACUGUCGGCUCGCAUCAUCCAACUGGAGGGACAGGUGAGAGCCCUGCAGCUGGAGAGGGACCAGACUCAGAUGCAGCUGGAGAGCGUCCAGCAGAGACACAUACAAGACACUGAGUUGAGGGAGAAAGCACACAGGGCCAGGGUGAAGCUGCUGGAGGAGUCUGCGGGGCAGCAGGAGGCACUGGCGCGGCAGGAGGCUGAGAACCUGCAGGAACGUCUGUCCGACCUGACCCGGCUGGCCCAGCUGGAGAGGAACCAGCUGCAGGAGCAGCUGCAGCACCGCCUGGCCCAUGCACAGCUGGACCGAGACAGGGAGGUGGAGAGACUACGAGACCUGCAGAGGACGUCUAUUCUGGAGAUGAAGAAGGAUCAUGAGGAGCAGGUCCAGACAUUGAAGAGGCUGAAGGACGAGGAGAUUGACGCUGUGACUAGCGCCACCUCCCAGACCAGGUCCCUUGCUAAGGUGAUGGAGCAGAUGGAGCAGUUCUCCUGCCGCCUGGGGGAGCUGGUGGAGAACAGCAAGGAAAGCACGACCCAGGGUCUCCAGCAGGGGGCGCAACACAGGGAUGAACAGCUACGCAUGCUGCAGGGCCUAACCCUAACCGUGGAGGAGGAGAGGGUUCGUCUGCAGCAGCUCGUCUCAAAGAUGGACACUCAGCUAGCUGAGCAGCACAGACAACUGGAGAAGGAGAGGUGGAGGGUGACUGCAGAGCAGGCAAAGGCAGAGGCUGCUCAGCGAGGCCUGGAGGAGGAGAGGCGGAGCCUAACCCAGCAUGUCGCCAUGGAGAGAGAGGAAUUGGAGAGGGCCAAGACGACCCUGCUGGAGCAGCAGCAGGGGGUGAUGCAGCAGUGUGCGGAGGAGAGGCGGAGGCUGGCGGCUGAGUGGAGCCGCUUCCACAGCCAGGAGAGAGAGCAGCAGACCAGGGCAGAGAGGCAGGCCAGCCAUGCCCUGGAGAGGGAAGCCAACAGGGAGGCAGCCAUUAUUAGCAUGGCACAGGAGCAGGCUGAGCUGAAGCUGCGUGCUGGGGAGCUGAAGCAGAGGGAGGAGUCAGUGACCCGGCAGAAGGAGGGGCUAGAGCGGGAGAGGGCGGAGCUAGAGAGGCAGAGGGCGGAGCUAGAGAGGGAGAAGGAGCGACUGAGUGGCCUGGCUCUGACUCUGAAGACUCGCGCACAGGAAGUGGAAGCCUUCAGCAAGCUGGCAUCAGAGAGGCAUGAGGAGGGGGAGAGGGCGCUGCAGGAAGCCAGGAGGGUGGAGCAGGAACACCAGGCCAGGCUGCACUCCAUACAUGCCCAUCUGGACACACUCAGGCAGCAGGAGCAGCACCUGCACCAGGAGAGGGUGAGGAUGACUCAUCAGCGCAGAGAGAUGGAGAUGAGACAGGGCCUUCCCGGCCCACCUCAGCUGAUCACUACAGACUUCAGCCCCAUGUUGCUGGCUCCCCAGAUCGCCUCCAACCUGGACCCUGCUGCCUUCCCCUCCAGCCCUGAGGCCACAGAGCUGCAGGCCAGGCUUGCCCUGCUCAGACACACAGCUCAGAAGGACCGGGACUUCCUCCACGACGAGCAGUACUUCCUGAACACACUGAAGAACACCCCAUACCCUUCUGCCUUCCACACAGACUGACCCAGCUGUCACAUUCCAUUAACUGACUCAUUAAACAUAAAAUGGGAA